AUGAAAAAGAAAUUGAGCUACCUCAUGCGAGGUGUAAAGGAGCAGCUUUUCGCCGGGCUCCUGCGCAACCCUCCAAGCACCGUGGCUGACUUCAUCAAGGAAGCUACGGCUAUCGAGCGGGCACUUCAUCAACGAUGCAGGCAGUAUGAUCGAAUGUCCAGCAGCGCCCCAAUCAGUGCCGCCAGCAUGACGUUUGACAAUCAGAGCGCCUUGCGAGACCUGAUUAGGGAGAUUGUCCGCGAGGAACUUCAGAAGUUGCGAACACCGGACGUUGAAACACCCAUGGCAUCCGUCGUCGAAGUCGUGCGCGACGAAAUCCGGCACGCAUUCUCGACAGCUGACCCUGAUGCCGAGCAGCGUCCCAUGAGCUACGCCGCCGCUGUUCGACGCCCACCACUCGCUAAGCCAUCGCCGCCGACGUACCGCCAGCCGCCAGUAGCACCUUGGUCGCCGCCGCAAGAGGAGACGUUGAGGCGACCACCAGUCUUGCCGUACCCGGCACAGCACACUAUGACACGUACAGUCGUUAUUGUCUGCAUCAUCGCUGCCGCGGCAAGGACCGCACUCUCAGAACCGAAGACAAGGGCUUCGUUCGGCAGCAUUCGACAUCGCAUACAGCAGUUAGCAAAGGACUUCGAGACUCAUCUUCAGGAUGCCGUCAUGCCUCGAGACUGCGCGGACUUGCUUGGAAAUGGCCAACACACAAGCGGAGUGUACACCGUGUUCCACAAGGCUGCUGGCACUUUGGGGCAGGAUGUAUACUGCGACAUGGAUACUGAUGACGGAGGCUGGACAGUCAUUCAACGCCGUGGGCAGUACGGACACAAUGCUUACUACUUCUACCGAAACUGGACAGAGUACGCGAAUGGAUUCGGAGAUCCUGCUGAUGAGUACUGGAUUGGAAACAAAGCACUGCACGCCCUUACGUCAGGGGACGAGAAGAUGGUUCUGCGAAUCGUAGUGAGCAACAGCACUGAAGAUACUAUGUCCAUUGACUACGGGACUUUCGCAGUAGCCAGUGAAGGGGAGCUCUUUCAACUACAAUUGGGAAAUUUUUCGGCUACAACAGGUUGGGACGCCAUGGGAAGCCUUUCGGGCCAGAAGUUUUCAACCUACGAUCGUGACAACGAUUUGGCUUUGACGAACUGCGCCGCGACCUUCCGUGGUGGCUGGUGGUACGCUAAUUGUCUAGGCGGUAACCUUAACGGGCUCAACUUGAAUGGACUUCACGAUAGCAUGGGCGACGGCAUUGUGUGGGGAAUGAAAAAAUUGCAGGCUUACACUUUGCACUACUCUUACCCUAAGGUUCAAAUGAUGAUCCGACCAGCAUAA